AUGAGUAGGCGACUGACCAAGCGGUUAUCUGUCAGAGAGGCUCUGGAGAUCAUUUUCGAACACGAUGAACAGGGCACUGAAGUUGAACCAGAGAUAGAGGAGGAUGUCUCGGAAGUGGAAGACAACACAGAUUUGGAUCCAGAUUUUGAGGAGACUGACCAGUCAACAGAUGGAGAGGGAGAGGCGCCUGAAGAACAGGCACCUGAGGAGACAUUCCAGUCCAAGAGUGGAGACUUGCUCUGGUCUUCAUCCCCCCAGGACAAAGGAAGUAGAGUGAGAGUGGAGAACAUCAUAAAGAUGACACCAGGGCCAACACGGUAUGCGACAUCUCAUGUGGAUGACAUCAAGUCCAGCUUCCAACUCUUUUUACCAGAGUCCAUUGAGGGAAUUAUACUGGAGAUGACAAACCUGGAGGGGAAGCAUGUGUUUGGCGACACCUGGAGAGAAAUUGACCUGGAUAAAUUAGAGGAGCUCAAAGUUUACUUCUCCAAGUCUGAGUGGACCAAUUUGCAGAAAUGUGAGAAAGUGCGAUUCAAAAGGAUCAAGAGGAACCAUGAAGUUAUGCUAGCCCUCGGACGAUCGAAGAAAGAGCAUUUGAAAUCGCAGAAGGGGCAGGCAAACGUCUACAUCCGUGGUGAAAAGCUCCGCAGCACGCAGAAAGUGUGCUACACUGAGGAAGAGGAGCCCAGAGAUGAAGAUUAUCUCUAUUGUGACGAGUGCCAGUCCUUCUUCACUGAUGAAUGCCCGGUCCACGGCCCCCCUUCGUUCAUUUCGGACUCUCCAGUGCCCGCGGGGGGCCCCGACAGGGCCCGGCUUACCCUGCCCCCCAGUCUGGAGGUCAGUGUCUCCAGCAACCCUGGAGCAAGCCUGGGGGUGUUCACCAAGGGACAGACAGUGCCCAGGGGAGUGCACUAUGAACCCUGCGAGGGAGAGCUGACUGAGGAAGACGUAGCCAUGGAGAGCAGCAACAAGUGCUCUUCUAAAGGGGGCGAUGAUAUUCCUUCUCAGUUCUUCCCCUGUACUCAGUGUUCGCUCUCCUGCACAGCAGAGAUCUACCUGCACAAGCACAUCAAGCACUCUCACCAUGAGGAAUAUGUGAGACUGCUCAGAGCAGGAUCAGUCACACCAGAGAGUCUCCAGCCCUCCACCAGCUCUCACAGGCACUGUGCACCCUCUCAGACUGGCCCAGAUACAGUCAGACUCCUCAGCCCAAAACAGGUGGACACCAGCAGCAAGAGAGCGCAUGCAUGCGCCCAGUGUGGGAAGAGUUUCAGUGUGGGGGGAAGCCUUAAACGACACCAGCGAACUCACACAGGGGAGAGGCCGUACCACUGCGCCCAGUGUGGGAAGACUUUCAGUCAGGAGGGAAGCCUUAAACAACACCAGCGAACUCACACAGGGGAGAGGCCGUACCACUGUACCCAGUGUGGGACCAGUUUCAGUCAGGAGGGAAGCCUUAAACGACACCAUCGAAUUCACACAGGGGAGAGGCCUUACCACUGUACCCAGUGUGGGAAGUGUUUCAGUCACGGUUCAGACCUUAAACGGCACCUGCGAACUCACACAGGGGAGAGGCCCUACCACUGCGCCCAGUGUGGGAAGAGUUUCAGUGUGGAGGGACACCUUAAACUACACCAGCAAACUCACACAGGGGAGAGGCCGUACAACUGCGCCCAGUGUGGGAAGAGUUUCAGUCAGGAGGGAACCCUUAAAGGACAUCAGCGAACUCACCCAGGGGAGAGGCCGUACCACUGUACCCAGUGUGGGAAUAGUUUCAGCCAAGUGGCACACCUUAAACUACACCAGCGAAUUCACACAGGGGAGAGGCCGUACCACUGUACCCAGUGUGGGAAGAGUUUCAGCCAAGGGGCACACCUUAAACUACACCAGCGAACUCACACAGGGGAGAGGCCGUAUCACUGCGCCCAGUGUGGGAAGAGUUUCAGUCAGGAGAUAAGCCUUAAACUACACCAGCGAAUUCACACAGGGGAGAGGCCGUACCACUGUACCCAGUGUGGGAAGAGUUUCAGUCAUGAGGGAAACCUUAAACUACACCAGCGAACUCACACAGGGGAGAGGCCGUACAACUGUACCCAGUGUGGGAAGAGUUUCAGUCAGGAGGGAAACCUUAAACGACACCGUCAAACUCACAUGCUCAAGGGCACGAUGAAUUAA